UAUUCCCGCUCUCAUCGCCUCCCAGCCUCGUCAUGCUGGACUUUUUUAGAUGAGACACCGAGCCGCGGUCGGUUAGGACGGUGAUGAGGAGGGGGAGGAUGAUGAUGGUAGUGUUAAUGAUGCCUCGCGCUGGUUUCACCCGGUCUGAAGUUGACGGAACUUCACCUGAUGAAGUCCUGAGAGGAGAGGACUGAUCAGAGUGUCGGAACUCUUUUUCUUCUCUUCGUCUUGCCUUCAUCCUCCAGACGCAGACGUCAGUGGAACGUUUCAAUCAGCUCUCAUAUUCAGGUUAAUCUGAUUAUGAAGAUUUCUUCUGAGACGCCUCUCUGUCAAUGACGGCCAAGAUGGAGACUCCUUUCUACCACGAUGACUCCCCCGCUGUGCCCGGCUUCAGCCAGAUCGCCGAAUACGAGCGCUACUCGGGAAACAAGAUGCUGAUGAGUAAGAAAGCCAUGUCAAUGGCAGGAAGUCACCACUUCCCCAGUGGUGGUGGAGCAGGAGGGAGGGGUGGGAACCCCAACAUCCUGGGGCUGGCUAGCAACAGCUCCUUGAUGACAUCAGCAGCGUCCUCUGCAGCAUCCUCAGCAGACAUGAACCUGCUAAAGCUGGCGUCCCCAGAUCUGGAGCACCUGAUCAUUCAGUCCAACCAGGGGCUGGUCACCACCAGCCCGGUGCCAAACUCCACCAAUCCCUUCAUGUACCGCAACCAGGCCACCAACGAGCAAGAAGGAUUUGCUGAUGGCUUUGUCAAGGCGCUGGCAGACCUUCACAAGCAGAACCAGCUGGUUGGAGGUGGGCCCAUGUCUCCGCCUUCAUCCUCUAGUGUCUCCCUGCAGGCGUCCUACCAGAGGAAUCUGAUGUCAGGCGGAGAUAUGCCCAUCUACACCAACCUGAGCAGCUACAACCCGGGCCAGAUGCCAUACUCUGGAGGGCAGAUGGCAUAUGGUGGAGGCUCAGGCCACGGUGGAGGUGGAGCACCUCAGCCACACCCUCGAGGCCUGGAUGCCCCGCAGACUGUCCCUGAGGUCCCUCAUCCUGCAGGGGACCCCACCUCGCCACCGUCGCUCUCGCCAAUCGACCUGGAGACACAGGAGCGAAUCAAAGCAGAACGCAAGAAACUUCGCAACCGGAUUGCCGCAUCUAAAUGUCGCAAGCGGAAGCUGGAGCGCAUCUCACGGCUGGAGGAGAAGGUGAAAGUCCUGAAGAGCCAGAACUCGGACCUGGCCUCCACCGCCGCUAUGCUACGGGAACAGGUCGCUCAGCUGAAACAGAAGGUCAUGAGUCACGUCACAAAUGGCUGCCAGAUUUCGGUAAGCUCAUCAGCUGCCAGCAAGGCCGGAGGAGGAGGCACCGGCAGCGAGGACUCCAGCUGCUGAGGAGGCGGGACAUCGCGAGAAUAUGCCAAGAGGCCAUUUACUUUUAAGAUUUUGCUUGUGCUUUCAGUUGGAGCGAGCAGAGAGUAAGCGGCUCGUGUCAUCAACGCCUCCAGAAGGAUAGGUGGAUGUUAACGGCAUUCAGAGUCCCGGAAACUCUCUGUCACCUAGCCAAAGGGGGCGGAGCUUUACAGAGGAGACUGGAAAGGAAGCAAAUGGAAGAAUGCAAGCAAGGUUUGGAUUACGGACGACAACUUCUUAAAGAACACCUGGCAACAUUUGAGACUUAAAGUGUUCAGAUUCCACACAAUGCAUUUGUUUAACAAGUGGAACAAACUGUCAGAUUUCCACAUUUAUUAUGAACCGCUCACAACAUUUUUCACACAUCACACCUUCCACCUCUGUUUUUUUUAUUCACACUAAAAACAUAUUUAAGAUGUUACAGAUGAAGUAAAUUAUCUAAAAAAUAUUGUUUUUACAGUGCGAGCUGAGAAGAUUUAUCAUAGCAUCAAAAUACCGAAAUGAAAUGAAAAACUCUUUCAUGUAAUCAGAUUACUUUUAUUUACAGAGUAGGAAAUGUAACUGUGGUUUCUUGUCAUAAUUUACAAACAUCUGUUUUCAAGGUCAGAAGAAACUUUCUUUAAUCAUUUUCAUUUAACAUGAUCUGUGCUGCAUUAUUUAGUUUUUUUUUUGCUUUGUAAUCUGAUUAUCAGUUUAAUCUCUUUAAUUUCAUAACAGUGUGUUAAUGCAACUAAAGACCGGCUUCUUUACAAACAAUAUCUUUCAACUUCAACAGCUCUGUUUUUAAAGCAAAGGUAUGUAGUCUGAUUAUGUUAAUCACUCUUUAAGCUCCAGUCUGGCCUACAAAGUCACAUUUGUUGAUGGAGGUUUUUCAAAGUGUUUUGAGAAAGAAAUUACAUUAAAGUUAUGUUUUUCCCAGAGAAGUACUUCAUCAGUACCAAAAUGUUCACAGGUAAUCAUUAGCCUUUUGAAAAUUCAUGAUGGCCACCAAAUGUGGCAAAAAAACAAAAAGAUACACAUUUGACCAAAUAUAAGUCCACUUUAAAAUUACACUCUUAAAUUACACCUCAGUUUUGUUUGUAUCAUAGCUCAACUUUGUUUUCCAAAAAUUUUUGUGAACAGGGGAUAAAUUGUUGAGGUACUUUUGUUUCAACUAGAUUUCUUGGAUUGACCCCUACCUGCCUACCAUUUGCAGUAUGCAUAUCAAGGUUAUAGAAGGAUAAUCUCUCAACCUGCACAGCACGUGCAGCUUAUGUGACGCCUGUAGGUCUGACACAUUUAACUCUCUCUUUCUUUGGAUCAUAUUCAGCAGUCUCUUCAGUGUUAGCUACAUUGUCCUAAUGAAAGUUCAAUUGCAGUUUAACCUGUGUUUUAUGUUUGAAACUGUAAAAAAUUUUGUAAAUGUGAAACAAAGUAGCUCUUAAGAAGCUUUAAAGGCGUAAAUUUGACUUCCCCAAAGGCAAGUAUGUGGAAUUCAAAAGAUAAAAGGUGUAUGUAUUCAUCUUUUACCAUCUACUGGUUUGUGAGGUCCUGUUUUCAGUCCUCUAGAGGAAGAUUUCACAUCUAGAUUUCACUGCCGCCUUCAAUGUUUUGAAACUAGAUGUGACGGACGAUGGGGUGGGUCUGACUAUGAAACCACACAUAAACCGGUAUGUGCACAUGCACACCCUGGCUAAAGACUUACAGAUUGUUAUUCAAUAAUCCUCCUUUAAGACCAGUUUAGACAGUUUAGACAAUUAACUUAUGUUUGGAUUUAUUCAAAGUGAUGAUAAACCCGCGACUGAGCUCAUAUAUUCAGCAAGGGUUAGGGUUAGGGUCUAGAGAGGUCAAGUUCAAACAUCCUUUUUCCUCAGACUUCUGCCAGACUGGAUAUGUUUUUGCAUCCAGAGCAGAUGCUUCCUGGUAGAUGUUAAAAAGGAUGAAUUUCGAACGUCUUUCCACAUUGGAUUCAUUCUUCAGACGUGAACGCUAUGUCCACCUUUUAUACUCUCGACACAUAAAGAUUGCUUUUUUCUACGCUGGAAUUAAUAGCAAUUUUGGAAAAUGGUGGCAGUUUUGAAAAUUCAAGAGGCUAAUGGUUCCAGAUGCAAAUGAAUGGCUCCAGAGGGACAAACAUAAACAUGCAAGUUUUGGUGUUCAUGAAUACUUUUGAAAGAUUGUCAGAGUAAUCUGCUGGGAUUUUUCUUGAGUUACAAACAAAGGAAGUGCACAGUAAGAUCUGCACUUGUUUUAAGUUUAAAUGUGUAUAACUUUGCAAAGGGAAUCCAAAUCAUUUAAAUCUUUUUGUUUUCACAUUUAACUUUGUGUGACCGCGUGCAAAACAAUCCCGUGUUGGAAGAAUUUAAUUAUUUUUUUUAAAAGUUAAGGUAUUUGACUCUUUGUUUACUUUUCUGCAGAUGAUGAACUGUUAUUAUGGAAAAGGAAUUGUUUCAUAUCUGUUUUAUAUUCAUACUAUUGUGAAACAAGAAAAUUAGUGUUGACUAAUAUUCAUUAUUCUGAUGUUGUUACUGAUUUACUUUUUAUCUUAUAAAAAAAAAUAAUGGUUCAUGUAAGUGAGUUUAUUUGGUGCAUUUGUUAGCAGGUUAUAUAGAAGCCCAUUGAUGCUGGAAAAAUAGAUGGAAAUAAAAAAUAUUCAUAGAUUUGUGCCACAAAAUUAGACUGAAAACAUGUUCUGUUGACUCUUAAAUUUUUGUCAUAGAAAGAAUUUAAUCUCUUUUAUCACCUGGCUGUAAUGGGCCUCCAAGGUUUUUUGACAAAGAGAACGAUACAUCUGAGGAUGCUGGAAUAAAGCAUUCGUGAAUACAUUUCAGAUUCAAUUCAAGGUCAAACGGACAUUUCUAAAUGUAAUUAAAACAUACAGGGAGGAAAAUUCACUCAGAUAUAUUCAGGUAUGAAAAAUAAUGCUCUUCAUAUGUAUAUUUAUCUAAAGAUUGAGGUUUCUGCAGAAAUGAGGUCCUUAAGGAGGGAUAGGAAAACCUCUGCAGAUGGUGCAGAUCCCGAGGUCCAUAUUGGUCUCCCUUCUGGGCUUCCAGAGAUACUUGGGUGAGCUUAGCUUUACCUAGAAAUCCUACAAACACUGGAACUUGAAAAGUUUUGAGAUGUCCUUAAUGACCUUGUAGGUUUCUUAAGUACACUGUAAAAGUCUGUAGUGGUAGAAGUCUGAGGAUAAUAAUUGUCCUUGGUCAGACAGCUCUGAGGUCCUGAAGUCAAUGUCAUUAAUGGGAUUUCUGAGGGCCUUGACAAAACUGAUAAUGCCUUUGGGAGAACUCUGAGGUGCUGGAGGGGUGAGAUCAUUAUAAGGGUUGUACAGGUACUAGAAUGAAUUCUGGUGGACUUAGAUAUAGGUUGUAGUUCCCCAAGGUAUUUGCCUCUACCAGGGCCUUCAUAAGUUCCUAGAACAGGUAUCCUGAGAGCCCUAAUGGGAUUUUGCAAGGUACUAGACUGUAGACUUUGAGGGAAGGCUCUUAAUGACAGGCAGAUUUCCUUAAAAUUGUAUAAAUAUUCUUGAGAAUAUUGCACAGGUACGUGAGAAUCACUGAUGAUUUUGCCAAGUUUCCCUGAGUAUAUAUUCAAAUUCUGGUCUCUGAUGGGGUCCGUGAGGUCCAUAAAGAGGUUAAUUCAGUCCUUGUGAAACUUCCUGAGGUCUUUAAUAGCUUUCCAGAGGACCCUAGGGGGUUUGGAGGGGUCUUGAGGAUGAUUAGUGGGCAUUAGUGGGCCCAAAGGUCCAAACUUUGCCUGACUGAAUUUGUAUGAUUUUAAAAGCUGAUUUAUGACAGACAUUUAAAAGAUCACAACUGGUUCCAAGAUACAAAGAAUACAGCCCACAGUUUGUGUUACAUGUGAGGGUACCUUGUUGAUUGAUAACUGUACACGUUGUUGUGGAUUUUCUAAGUUUUGGAUGUGGGUGCACCUCAGAUUUAUAUUGUGAAAAGUUAACAGACUGGGCUUUUAAUCUAGUCGUACAGUUGUUUACUCACCUAACAAUCCUGUUGUUGUUUAUGCAGUGUGCUGGUUGAUAUUUUAUCACAUUUGCAGCCAUGAGGCUAAUUGACCCUUUCUAUUUCAGACUCUGUUUUGCACUGGCUUUACUGUCCAAUCAGCAUCUGUAUCACGUUUGCAGAUUGCAGCUGUCAGACAGAAAAACAUGUAACUGCAAAGACAGACAGAAAUAUUUACUGCUCACAGAUGUUUCUUUUAGAGUUCGUGUUUUGUGUUUGACAAAUCAGAGACUCUCAAAUAUACUGUUGGCAAGUGUCAAGCAGAUAUUUAUUUUUUUGAACUUGAGAGAGGCUUUUGAUGUCUCUAAUGAUUCUAUUUUUGUACAAAUGUAUAAAAGUUGUUGUUAUUAAUAUACUGAAAUGUGUGUAUGUACAAUCUGAUUUGUUCAACCUCUUCGUGUCUAUUUAUUAUAAAUUGGUUUGUGUUAAUUACGCUUCACUUUGUUCUGCUGUGUUCAGAUGUUUGUGUCAAUAUACCAGUGAUGAAACAUUCAA